UCCUGCCUGGUCCAGCCCUGACAGCUGAUGGGAGAGCAGAUCAUCCAACCCACAUUUUGUUACUAUUUCUUUAGAAGUUGUGUGACCCCACAGGGCUGAAGGUUGGAGUCAAUGAGAUUGGUGAGCACGUCCAUGCAGGAUGAUAACCCUUCACAUGUAUCUAUCACUUUAUAGAAUAAAAUAUGCCCUGAUUUUGGAACUGGAAGAUGGACGUUCAAGACCAGCUCUGCCACUUCCAGCCCUGGGCCCUGGGCGUGUGCCUCUCUGGGCCGUAGCUUACUCUCCCGAGAAUUGGGGACAACGGCCAUCCCUACCUACCCCACCAAGUCAUCACCAGUGUGGACAUGAUGAAACGGUGGUUGUGAAAUGGUUUGCCAAUCACACCUUAAUGAAGGUGCCCAUUUCCAGGUUCUCCCAGGCCUUGUGACCCCCGGGGCUAGAUCAUCCACACAAGGAACCAAGGCCACAGUCAGCAUGAACUGGGCGUUCCUGCAGGACAUCCUGAGCGGGGUGAGCAAGUGCCCCACAGCGCUGGGCCGCAUCUGGCUGCCGGUGGUUGUCUUCCACGUGCUGGUGCACGUGGUGGCAGCCGAGGAGGUGUGGGGCGACGAGCAGAAGGACGUCAUCUGCAGCACCCGCCAGCCGGGCUGCCCCAACAUCUGCUAUGAUGAGUCCUUCUCCGUGUCCCACAGGUGCCUCUGGGCCCUGCAGCUCAUCCUGGUCACAUGCCCCUCGCUGCUCGUGGUCAUGCACGUGGCCUACCGCCAGAUGCAUGAGCAGAAGCCCCGCCUGAAGCACAGCCCUGACGCCCCAUCCCUAUAUGACAACCCGGACAAGAAGCAGGGUGGGCUCUGGUGGACGUACUUGCUGAGUCUCCUCUUCAAGGCGGCUGUCGACGCUGGCUUCCUCUACAUCUUCCACCGUCUCUACCAGGACUAUGACGUGCCCCGCAUGGUGGCCCGCUCCGAGUCGCCGAGCCCCCACGCUGUGGGCUGUCACAUCUCCCGGCCCACGGAGAAGGUCUCCAGGUACCUCGUGGUGGCCACGGCCGUGCACUGCAUCCUGCUUAACCUCAGUGAGGUCACCUACCUGGUGGGCAAGAGGUGCCUGGAGACCCUCGGUUUCAGACGCCAGGGAUCUCGGCGCCAGGCUCACCUGCCCGAGACAUGCCCACCGUAUGCCCUCUCCCAGGGGUAGCACCCCCAAGAUGGGAAUUCUGUCCUAAUGAAGGCCGGAUCGACCACAGUGGAUGUAGGUGGGCACCCAUAACCAGUGAGGUCAGUGGCUGAGGCCGCCAGAGCCUCUGCCUGCUCCCGGAGGCCACGGCAGGCCAGGUGAGGAAGGUGGGCGUGGAGCUCACGAAGCCCACUCAGGGACCAGGGCUGGGAAGCAGUUCGGUCUCUGAGUCCUGAGUCUCUUCCUCCCAAGGGGAGGAAGGUUGAUG